AUGAAGCCCACUCAACACCUCCUCGUCGCCCUCGCGGCUUUCUUCGUCGUUGGCCUUGCGGUCCCGCUUCCAGGUGAUGUCAUCCUUGACGCGCCCUAUAAGGCGAAGCCGUACAAGACUGAAGUCGACCAGCAGGCUGCGGUCAAGCGUGACGACACUCUCAUCGACGCACCCGACGCGCAGAAGCCAUACAAGGACGAGGUCGACCAGCACGCAGCGGCCAAGCGCGACGACAUCCGCGCCCGAUAA